AUGGCGAACGUGCUGGCAGGCGGGAAUGGCAUGAUGGGAGGGGCAGGAGGGUUCCCGCUGGAGCAGUGGUUCUAUGAGAUGCCUGUGUGCACGCGCUGGUGGAUGACGGCUGCGCUGAGUGCGAGUGUGCUGGUCCAGUGUCGCAUCGUCUCGCCCUACCAGCUCUUCUAUAGCGUCCGCACCGUCUUCUUCCGGAGUCAGUACUGGCGACUUCUCACCACCUUCUUCUACUUCGGCCCGCUCAGCCUCGAUCUCCUCUACCACAUCUUCUUCCUCCAGCGUUACUCGCGCCUUCUUGAAGAGUCGUCCGGUCGCUCGCCCGCCCACUUUUCAUGGCUCCUCACAUUUGCUUCGACCCUUCUCCUCUGCAUCGCGCCCGUCUUCUCCAUGGCCUUCCUCGGCUCCGCCCUGUCGAGCACCCUCAUCUACAUCUGGAGCCGGAAGAACCCUGAUACUAUGCUUAGCUUCCUCGGACUGCUUGUCUUCAAGGCGCCUUACUUGCCCUGGGUCCUGUUGGCUUUCUCGCUGAUCAUGCAUGGGACGGUGCCAAAAGACGAAAUGUGCGGCAUCGUCGUCGGCCACAUCUGGUACUACUUCAACGACAUCUACCCGCCGCUCCACAACAACCAUAGUCCGCUCGACCCGCCCGCGUGGUGGAUACGUCUAAUAGAGGGCCGCCCUGCACCCGUGGAUGAGCCCUCUGAAGACGAGCCAACAGAGCCUGCGAACGAUGAUAACAACCCCCCGGAAGCCAUGCCAACACAAUAG